GAGCUUGCACAUUAAAAAAAAAUGAGACAGCCUCAUGUGUUUCAGGCUGGCCCUAGAUUGCAUGUGAUUGAAGGUAACAACAAACUUCUGAACUCCUGCCUACCUCCCAAGAGCCAGGAAGGUGGUUUUUGUUUGUUUUUAUUGUUUUUGUUUGGUUUUUGAGACAGGGUCUCAUGUAACCAAAGUUGGCAUAGAACUAGUUCAGGGCUGACUUUGAAAUCUUGCUCCUGCCUACUCCUCCCACGUGCUGGAGUUACAGACAAGUCUGACCACAUCUGGCUUAGUACUCCUGUUGUCUUACGAAGACACCUCAAAAGAAUGGCAGGACCUGACUCAACAGUUAAAUGAACUAGUGGUGGGAGACACCAGUGGAAAACUGUCUGUGUAUAAGAACGAUGACAGCCGCCCGUGGCUCACCUGCUCCUGCCAGGGAAUGUUGACUUGUGUUGGGGUCGGAGACGUGUGUAAUAAAGGAAAGAACCUGGUGGUGGCCGUCAGCGCAGAGGGCUGGCUUCACUUAUUUGACCUGACAUCCACCAAGGCUCUGGAUGCUUCUGGGCACCAUGAGACUCUUGGAGAAGAACAGCGUCCUGUCUUCAGGCAGCACAUCCCAGCCAACACCAAGGUCAUGCUGAUCAGCGACAUCGAUGGAGACGGGUGUUACGAGCUGGUGGUAGGAUACACAGACCGUGUGGUACGGGCCUUCCGCUGGGAAGAGCUGGCUGAGGGACCUGAACACCUGACAGGGCAACUGGUGUCCCUCAAGAAGUGGAUGCUGGAGGGUCAGGUCGACAGUCUCUCUGUGACCCCAGGGCCUCUGGGUGUGCCUGAGCUGGUUGUGUCACAGCCAGGGUGUGCUUACGCGGUUCUGCUGUGUACCUGGAACAAGGAUGCUGGCUCCCCUUCCGCCUCUGAGGAGGCCACAGGAGACAGUAGGGAAACCCCAGCUGCCCGAGACAUAGUGCUGCACCAGACAUCUGGCCGGAUCCACAACAAGAACGUUUCCACUCACCUAAUUGGCAACAUCAAACAAGGUCAUAGCCCUGAAACUGGCAACUCAGGCCUCUUUGCCCUGUGCACCCUAGAUGGGACGCUGAAGCUGAUGCAAGAAGCAGAUAAGCUGUUGUGGUCGGUACAGGUGGAUCACCAGCUCUUUGCCCUGGAGAAGCUAGAUGUCACGGACAAUGGGCUUGAGGAGGUGGUAGCGUGUGCCUGGGAUGGGCAAACAUAUAUCAUCGAUCACAACCGCACUGUCGUCCGCUUCCAGGUGGAUGAAAAUAUCCGUGCCUUCUGUGCAGGCCAGUAUGCUUGCAAAGAGGGCCGCAACAGCCCCUGCUUGGUAUACGUCACUUUCAAUCAGAAGAUCUAUGUGUACUGGGAUGUGCAGCUUGAGCGGAUGGAGUCCACUAAUCUGCUGAAGCUGCUGGAGGCUGAGCCUGAGUACCACAGCCUGCUGCAGGAGCUGGGUGUGGAUCCUGAUGAUCUCCCUGCAGUCCGUACCCUGCUUCACCAGACUCUCUAUCAUCCGGACCAACCACCACAGUGUACCCCCUCAAGCUCCCAGGACCCCACCUAGCUGGACUUGGCCACUUAGCUGGUGAAGGAUCCUUCUGAGCCCCCACCCUACCCCCAAAGUGAUCCAUGAUCUUGGCCGGAUGGGGAGUGCAUAUUACAGAGGAGCAGGACCUGGUUCUUGGCAUGUAAGGAUGGAUGGUGGCACCCCUGAGAGCCUUUGAUGAAGUGACGAGAGCCUCUGAUGGGUGCCCCGUGGUUGCCACCCACAUCCCAGGAUCCUAGUCUUACAAAUCACCCAGCUCCCUGUGCUUCCCUCCCCACAUUCUUACUCUGAUUGCAGAAAAACAGGCUUGUUUAUGAGAAGAGGCAGCAAACCUUUUCCAUGGUGCCAACGCCUGAAAGGGCACCAAGCUUCAGGCCUGAGGGGCUGCGGGAGCAGUGGAUGAGCCCUCACCUCUCCCGGUCCCAGCGAGUGCCCACUUUAGCAGCAAAGCUCCAGGCAGCUGACAUCAGUAGUUACUGCAGGACUGGCAGAGUGUUUGUUAACAGUUCUGAACGGGCAUCCUUCAGGGCAUUUUCCUGUCUUAUCUUCCUGUGUUCUUCCAUUUACUGAAGCAACCAGGUCAGGGCUUUCUCAUUUUGCUGAUCUCGCUCUCGGUUUGGUAGUAGUGGUGGUGGUUGUUUGGUUUUCAUUGUUUUUG